CAUCUGGAAAAAAUUGCGUGUGUCCUUCGUACAUUCAUGGAUGCCUUCUAUAUAAUUCACAUCAUCUUUCAAUUCCGAACUGGGUUCAUUCCCGUUCCUUCUAGAGUCUUUGGUAGGGGUGACUUGAUUGUUGAUCCUUGGGCUAUUGCAAAGAGGUACUUGUUCACAUACUUCAUCAUCGACGUCCUGUCAAUUCUUCCGCUUCCACAGCUUGUAAUUUUGCUUGUCAACCGUUCAUUGAACGGCCAGCCGGAUACAUUUGUAAUGAAGGAAUUGUUGACAUACAUUAUCAUCUGUCAAUAUGUACCAAGAAUUCUUCGAAUUGUUCCCCUUUAUAUAGAAGUUACACGAACUUCAGGCUUUCUCACUGAAACUGCUUGGGCUGGAGCUGCUCUGAAUCUAUUCCUCUACAUGCUAGCCAGCCAUGUUCUUGGGGCCAUCUGGUACAUGAUUUCAGUAGAAAGACAAGAGCGGUGUUGGGGUGAUGUUGCUAGGGGACAUGGUUAUAACCGUAGUCUUUUGUACUGUACAUGUAAUAAUUCGGACCACCCUAGACUAGCCGAAUCAUUUCGUGCUUUGCAGAAAGUCCUGAUCCUGAAUACUUCCUGCUCUUUGAUCAAUCCUGAUGAAAUUACAAAUUCAACAGACUUCAAUUUUGGAAUAUUCUUUGAUGCACUCCAGUCAGAGAUUGUGGGAACUAGGAGUUUCCGUAAAAAAUUCUUUUACUGCUUCUGGUGGGGUCUGCGGAAUCUCAGCUCUGUAGGGUCGAAUCUGAAAACAAGCACUUUUGUUUGGGAGAUUGUCUUUGCUGUUGUCAUUUCCAUUGCUGGACUGGUUUUGUUUGCAUUACUUAUUGGCAACAUGCAGAAAUAUCUGCAGUCAACAGGAGUAAGGGUUGAAGAAAUGAGAGUCAAAAGAACAGAUGCAGAGCAAUGGAUGAAACAUAGAAUGCUACCGGAGAACCUAAGGGAAAGAAUCCGGCGGUAUCAACAGUAUAAAUGGCAACAAACCAGAGGGGUUGAAGAAGAGAGUCUAAUUAAUUGCCUUCCAAGAGAUCUCAGGCGAGACAUAAAGCAUCAUCUUUGCUUGGAUUUGCUCAUGAGAGUACCCUUGUUUGAGAAAAUGGAUGAGCAGCUGUUAGAUGCAAUGUGUGAUCGUCUCAAACCGGUACUUUACACUGAAAAAAGCUACAUUGAAAGGGAGGGGGAUCCGGUAGAGGAGAUGCUGUUUAUAAUACGAGGAAAUUUGGUCAGCACCACCACCAACGGCGGAAUAACUGGCUUCUUCAAUGCUGUUAAUCUGAAAGCCGGUGACUUUUGCGGAGAAGCACUUCUUACUUGGGCCUUGGAUCCUCAGUCCUCCUCUUAUUUAAUUACCCAUCUCCACCAGAACCGUACAGGCUUUGUCCGAAGUGGAGGCCUUUGCUCUGUUAGCUGACGACCUCAAGUUCGUCGCCUCUCAGUACCGGCGUCUCCAUAGCAAACAGCUCCAGCACAUUUUCAGAUUCUACUCCGUGCAGUGGAAGACAUGGGCGGCCAGCUUCAUACAGGCAGCCUGGCGGCGGUACUGCAGGAGGAAGUUUCUUAAA